AUGGACGAGGAGGAGGACACCUCGGAUGCUGAGGCCAACCUCCCCGGUGAUGUCGAGGCAGCAACAGGCGCGAAUUCCCCGCCGGUAUAUAAAGAGGCUGGCGACGAGGACGCGCCAGCGACACCGCCUGAGACGAGGCCCGCAGCAGGGUCGUUGGCGGACCCGCCCCUCACGGGGAUGGAGCGAAGGUCGCCCACGCCGGCGGCAGGACGAGGGUCACCCCCGCCAGCAGUGGGUGGAGGAUCGUCUGCGCCUGCGGUGGAGCGGGGGUCGCCCCUGCCAACGACGGGUGAGGGGAUCCCCACGCCCGCGAUAUCGACGGGCGGCGAUGGGUCCGCGGCAAGCGCGGAGACGUCCGCGCAGAUGGCCUCGAGGCCUCAGCCUGCUCCGAGGGUGACACCCUCGGAUCAGGCGUCGAGGGGCGUCGGUGUGCCGCGGACCCGAAGGAGCGGCACGGGAAAACGCAGUAUGAGUGCCCGGUCUGGCUCCGGGGCCGUUGCCAAGGACGCAGCCCCACUCGCGCCGACCAAAGCCCUCAAGACUGGGGCGCGCGCCAUGUCGCACUCGGCGCCGCAGCCCCCGCCCGUCGUGGAUAUCGUGGCGAAGGCCGCGAAGCUGCGGGAGGCCAUGGCUCGCGGGGCCCAGGCAGCCCAAUAG